AAUGCCGGUAAAAGUGCUAUAAAAAGUUACUAUUAAAGAAAGUGAUGCUUAGGUUUACAAAUAAGAUAUCAAAUUAACAGUUAGUACCAAAAGCUGAUUUAAAUCAAUACAUUUUAAUGUACGUAUUAUCGUUUAAAUAUUGACUUAUUGGUAACAGCUCCAUUAUUAUGCGCCGCCAUUUCGGAAGUUACUGUGACGGUGGGUUUCUUGGAAACGCUGUCAAAUUCUUAGUUUUGAUUGGAUUCUGAAUCUGAUCACGCGCACUUGUUGGGGAAAGAAGCGACCUCUGUCAGAAGUUAUUUUUUAUAAAAAUAGAUAACGGAAAAAACCCAUCGCACGCGGUCAAAAAUACCUUAUUUUGGUAAGCUUCAAAAGCAAGGAAAUAGUGAACAGAAAAGUAUAGAAAAGAAAUAUGUAAUGAUUUAACACCUUAAGUCAAUAAAAAUGCUUGUUUUGUGCGAUUUAGGUGAAGCGCAAGCUGGCGCAAGAAAUUCAAAUGUAGCAUGCAUGUUCCCACGAAAACCGGAAGUGAAUUUUUCCGAAAUCGUAAUCUGUUUUCGCGAUGUAAACAAAACGCCGAAAGUUGUUAAAUUUGAUAGAUUUAAGCUUUCAUUUAAACUUUUACCAAAAUAUAAAUAGUAAAUUUUACUAAGGAUGUACUUUCAACGUGACUAUUUGUGUUUUGCAUAUUGAUGUGGCUACUUUGACAUUUAUUGUUUCCAUUAUUUCCAACACCUCAUCUGUUUUUAUUUUACAAAGUUUUAAUCUUAGCACAAAAUUCAAAGACAAAGUUGAUUUCUGUUUCCAGUAUAGAUGUCUAAGCAUACACCAGCGGUGUCAGGCUCCCAGAGUUUACCGUUGACACUUUUGACAUUGCCUGAUAGUAGUGACACUACUGUUACUCUUUGUGAAUCAGAGACAGAGGGCUUAAUUUUCACACCGUCCUUGACUGUGCCUGAGCCUGAGGCUGUGUCUGAGAGCUUACAACUCACACCACUGAAUCCAGUAAAUGUUACACCAUUUACAGAUUUUCAGCCAUCAUUGAAUCACUCUGAGUCUGUACACUCACUUGAACUUGAUACUGGUGACAGUGAUACAAGUACCCAGCCACCAAGUCCUCACCCUGAAUUGGAGCGGUGUUUUUCUCCAGAUCUGUUUUCUGACGAGGAACAUACGGAGCAUUCCACUGACACAGACAGUGAUUCAUCCACAUUACCAGUAAGUGUAUUGAGAUAUUUGACGUUACAUUCUUAUGUAUAGGUUUGUGUUGCCGUGUUUUUAUACAAUUUCAUAAGGUACUUUAUCAUCAAUUGUGUAUACUAUAACAUUAGAUGAACAUCACUAAAAUAUAUGAACAAGGCUGUUAAAGAUUUUACAUAUGCAAUUCUUUGUUUAUUUUCUUUGAUUUAACGUCACUUCGACACAGUUAUAAAUUAUAUGAUAGUUGUUAACAUGAAUGGUAUGUUAAAAAUGCUAUUAAGCUAUAAAUUCAUCUUUUUCCGCUCAUACAAGUGACACUUUUCAUUUCGUCAGAAAGGGACAGAAUUAUAAGAAAUUGAAAGGUUCAUAACUUUUUUACCAUUCGUCAGAUUUUAAUGAAAUAUGUACCAUUGUGCUUCUUAUUCCAAUGCCUUUCCAAUGAGGUUUAAUACUUGUGUAUUUAACAAAUUAAAAAAAAUAGU